GCACAUGUUGUUGUUCCGUCCCGCUCGCUCGGCUGAGGGUCAAGAUCGGCGCGAAGAAUUUCUCCCCGAAGCCUAAUAAUUGUGCAUCCCGAUUGCCAUGUUCGAAUUUAGAAAGUGCACUCAUCGCACGGCUAGUUUCAGCGCAGCGUCCGAGACAUCGAGACCCCAUAGCCAUAGCCCCAUCAUAUACAACGGGCCGAGAUUGCGAUGGCGGCCCCUCUGCUGUGGCAGAACUUCAAGGCGGUCGUUGCCCGCUACCCGAUAAUGCGCGGCAUGAUAUCGUAUAGCCUGAUCUGGCCCACGGGCAGCCUCAUUCAGCAGACGGUCGAAGGCAGACGCUGGGGUGAGUUCACAAACUGCCUAAACGGCAGCGGAAGCUGGUGCUCCUGUUCAUUCUUCGAUCUUUCGUCUAUCAGGCACCUACGACUGGUGGCGCGUGCUCCGGUUCAGCAUGUACGGCGGCCUCUUUGUGGCUCCCACGCUAUACGGAUGGGUCAAGAUCUCCAGCGCCAUGUGGCCGCAGACGUCGCUGAGGACUGGUGUCAUCAAGGCGGCGGUGGAGACGAUCUCCUAUACCCCCGGCGCGAUGACCUGCUUCUACUUCAUCAUGAGUCUGCUGGAGUCCAAGACGGUGGAGGAGGCGGUGGCCGAGGUGGGCAAGAAGUUUCUGCCGACGUACAAGGUGGCUCUAUCCGUGUGGCCCCUGGUGGCCACUAUCAACUUCACCCUGAUCCCCGAGCGCAACCGGGUGCCCUUCAUCAGUGCCUGCAGCCUGUGCUGGACCUGCUUCCUGGCCUACAUGAAGCACCUGGAGCACCACGAAGUGGAUAGUGCUAUUUAGUGGACGUAUUUCUUAUAAUUAUGAUAGUUUAAAUAAAAUAAAAUUAGUUAGA